AUGGGAUCGAGGCUAGUUUAUAGCCUAGUUCGUCCUGCGAAUUUUGCGAGAGUUUGGAGCACAACAAACUGCCAACGGAUCCACGCAGUCUGGGCUAAGAAGGAUAUUGAUCUGGAGUACAGGUUUUCACCUGUCUCUCUGUAUUCUAGUGAUGUACCCAAGAAGUGUUGGCAGUGCAAUUUUCCAUUCAAGUCUGAAAUAUUCUGUAAAAAAUGUGAAACAGUCCUGAAGCCACCAGAAGAGUUUGAUUAUUUUGAGAUUCUGGGAAUUGAAAGGAAAUUUGAUUUGGAUAUGACUGAUGUUAGGCAAAAAUAUAAACAGCUCCAAAAUAAACUGCAUCCUGAUAAGUUAUUAAAUAAACCUAAGAAAGAUCAGCAAUACUUAAAAGAUAUGUCGGGAUUAAUAAGCAAUGCUUAUUAUACACUAUUAAAUCCAUUACACAGAGGGAUUUAUUUAUUAGAACUGAACAAUUUAUCCGUACCCGAAGAAACAGUUCCUAUAGAGCCGGAGUUUAUUAUGGAAAUAAUGGAAAGAAAUGAAGUGAUUGACGAUGCUGGGACUGAUAAAGAUAAAAUAAUUAAAAUUAUGAAAGAAAACCGUGAAAUACUUGCUAUUUUGACAAACCAAUUGUCGGAAGCCUUCAAAACGAACGACAUUGAAAAAGCACGUUAUUUUUUGGUAAAAAUGAAAUAUUUUACCAGCAUAGAUGACAGAUUGAAAGAACUAAAAGAUAAAUUAGGUAUUGUAACUUAA